AUGCCGGCUCAGCGAGAUGACGGUCUACGUGUGGUAUCGCUUCUGCCGUCCUUGACAGAGAUUGUCUGCGCGAUCGGUGGGGGUCUGGAGGCGCACCUGGUUGGCGUAACUCACGAGUGUGACCACCCUCCAGCCGUGGUUGCGAGGUGCGAGCGGGUCACGAAUUCGGAGAUCAACCCUCACAAGAUGUCUCAGGAAGAGAUCGACCGCCGCGUUCGGGGAUCCAUGAGGAUGGGGCACAGCCUGUACGGGCUCGAUGAGGGCCGUCUCAAGGCCGCUGAUCCCACCGUAGUAUUCACGCAAGCUCUGUGCGACGUCUGCGCUCCAUCGUUUCCGAUGGUUCUCAGCACCUGCGCCAGGGUUCUCGGCGAUAACCCUAGGAUCGUAUCCAUCGAGCCGGGAAGCGUCGCGGAAGUGAUCGACUCUGUUCGUCUUGUUGGGCGCGAGACCGGUUUCGCGGAAGAGGGCAUCGCCGAAGCCAGACGUCUGGAGGCCGGCUUCGACAAAAUCAGAUCGGUUGUCGCAAAACUGGAAAGCACCCUUGCCACGGCGGCGGCGGCGGCGGCGGCCCUGAGGCCCCCAGGAGCGGCGGCCGGGGUAGUGGGGGUAGCUCCCGGCGGGGCUAGUUCUGUCCCCAAGAAACAGAAGGUGGCGUUUUUAGAGUGGCUGGAGCCUCUCUUUAACGGAGGCCACUGGGUGCCGGAUCUCGUGCGGGCGGCGGGGGGCGAGUACACGAUGGCAGAACCCGGCAACAAGAGCAUGGGCAUGUCGGCGAAAGAGCUGAUGGACUACGACGCCGACAUCAUCCUAGUCGCUCCCUGCGGCAUGGACCGGAACCGAGCCAAGUCUGACGGGGAGCAGAUGUGGCGCCACGACUGGUGGCGGGAGCUUCGAGCGGUCAAGGAUGGGAAGGUGUACGCCUUGGAUGGCAACGCCUACUACGCCAGACCGGGUCCCCGGCUACUGCAAGGUUGUGGUAUCAUCGCCAGGCUGUUGCACGGGGAUGCCGCGGGGGACGCGAUUGGAGAGGACAUCGCCCCGCGCGACUCGUGGUUCAUUAUUACCGCCCCUGCCCCAGCUCAGAAGAAACAGAAGCACGUGUGCCCCGAACGGGGCGCUGAUGCUGACGCUGCUUCGGGUACGGCGCCACUAGCCUCCACGUAGUCAAACGAGGGACCGGGGCACACAUCGAGAGACAAAUCGCGGCUGCAGCCACAACUACCCGUGAGCUCAGUAGAUGCUCAGAUUUUCGGGUUUUCGACGGGGUGUUGGAUCGUUGUUUCCUCGUGUUGCUGUCUCCUCCUCUCCGACGACAAACCUUGCUCACGAAAAGCCCCGUGGAAAAAACCGCAUGUCUACGCAUGGGGUCAUCUUUCCUUUCGUGGAGGAGUGUGCUUUGGGGGUGGGGGCGGUGGAGAGGGACAAGCUGUCAGCUUGAAGCAAAAUGCUGUGGGGCCCGUGGGCACGCCAACUUUAGACGCGAAGACUGUCUUCCCACGCACCAGGUCCUCGUAUUGAUU